AUGAAUAUCCCAAUAUUGCUGCGGCAUUCUGGAAUUUGGAAGUCAGAAACUAGUUAUAAUUCAUACCAAAGUGACGCAAUAAUUAUUUCGGAAAGUACUACUUUCUUGAAAUUGGUUUCUACGAUCUCCAUGGAGUUGGAUAUAGACGAAGUGCGUAAAAAAAUUGAAGUAAAAUAUGUGGUUGAAGGAAACUCUUCUCCAAUUGUAAUAAGAAACGACAAUGGAGUGAAGGUUUACGUUGAGUUAAAGAAACAACUUGCUGGUUUGGUUAAUUUUUCUCUUUGUAUUUCAACUUGCGAGAAAGACAAUAGUGAAAUAGAGUUUGAUAAAGUAACUGGUGCUGUAAUGUGUAUCGAGGGUAGUGAAUAUGAUUCGGUUGCGUUAAUAGUUGUUGAAACGAAUAAUCAGUAUGCUCUAUAUGUGCCUAAAAUGGAAGUAAAAAACUUCAUUACUGAUUGCAAGAACACUGAAAUAAUGGUGAGUCAGAUAUACAAGGAUAAGGAAACUCUUGUUUCAAUAAUGGCAAGACACGCAAUAACGAAUGAAUUCAACACAAAAGCGAAACUAUCCGAGAAAAAAAGCUAUGUACUAAUUUGUCGUAACGAAGAUUGCAAGUGGGUCACGAAGUCGUCUUGUAUGAAUGAAUCAGAAUUGUUUGUGAUUAAAACAUUAGUUUCGGAACAUAGUUGCAGUCUUAGGGACCGAGUGCUGAAUAAUGUGGUUGCGACAACUAAUUUUGUGAGUGAAUUUACAACUCCAAAAUUAAUCAAUCACAAAAGAAUACACACCCCCGCGGACAUUAUCAAAGAGAUGAAGGAUGUUUACGGAGUCGAAAUUAACUACAUGAAAGCAUGGCGCGCAAAAGAGAAGGUGAUUGUGAUGCUUAGAGGUGGACCAACAGAUGGAUAUAGAAAAAUGCCCUGUUAUAUCUAUAUGCUGAAUCAAUUGUAUCCACAAUCGCACAUUCAGAUGCAUAAAGCAGUAGAUAACGAGUUUAAAUACUUGUUUAUUGUAUUGCGUCCGAUGAUAAGGAGUUUUGAAUUUUGUAGACCUAUUAUAGUUGUUGACGGGGCACAUUUAAACGGUUCAUAUGAAGGAACAUUUGUAUUGGCAAGAACAUUAGAUGGUGCAGGUUUCCUUGAAGAAGUUAGAAUCUUAUUUGCUGCAUGGAAUUGUAAGAACAACAAAAUUGCAUCUUACACCAAUACAACUCUUGGCAGAAGAUUUGAAGAAAUUUUAACUCAUAAUGGUGUUAAAGCUUUGCGGAUGACGGUUAAGCCAACAGGGAGUUAUCUUUAG